AUGAAGAGCAUCAGCGCGGCUGCCGUCGCCGGCCUGGUGGCCACGACCAGCUUUAUACGCGAAGCAGUUGCUUGCGAUACCUGCUACGGGCCUACGAACCAUGUCGAACACGUCCGUCAUGUCAAGCGCAUGCAGCCCGGUGUCGCCAAUGCCUCUUAUGGUCCUACCAGAGAGCUCGAAUGGGGUCAAUUGAACUUUUUGCACACUACUGAUACCCACGGCUGGCUGGAAGGACAUCUCAAAGAGGGCAACUAUGGAGCAGAUUGGGGUGACUUUGUCUCUUUCUCGACUUACAUGAAGCAAAAAGCCGGCGAAUUGGGCGUCGAUCUUCUCCUCGUUGACACUGGUGACCUGCACGAUGGUGCUGGGCUAAGCGACGUGACAACCCCCGACGCCGCGAUCACCAAUAUUCUGUUUGAAAAGAUAGACUACGACUUGCUGACCAUUGGAAACCAUGAGUUGUAUCUUGCCGAAGUCGCGUACCAAACUUUCACCCAGCUCUCAAAGUUCUGGGGUGACAAGUAUCUCACCUCCAACGUCCAGAUUCUCAACAAUGUGACGAACGAAUGGGAGUACAUUGGCCAGCAGUACAAGUACUUCACGACUGCGAACGGCGUGAGGAUCAUGGCUUUUGGCGUUCUCUUUGACUUUACGGGCAAUGUGAACAUUUCCCAGGUCACUCCCGCCGAGACCUUGGUGACGGAACAGUGGUUCCUGGAUGCUGUCAACUUUACCGAGCCCGUCGAUCUCUUUGUGGUUCUCGGUCACAAUCCCGCACGCGUUGGCGACGACACUGGAAGCACGUUUGGUACCAUCCAUGAUGCUAUCCGCAGCGUUCAUACCAACACGCCCAUUCAGUUCUUUGGCGGCCACAGUCAUAUUCGUGACUUUGCUGUUCUGGAUGAGAGCAGUACAUCGAUCGAAUCAGGUCGUUACUGCGAGACUCUCGGAUGGCUGAGCAUGAGCGGUUUCUCCAAGUGCAGCAGCGGAUGGAAGGGCAGUGCGAACCCCAAGGGCGUGUCCAACCCAUCUCGUAAAGCCACCACAAACUCGACAUCGCCGUACAAGUACUCGCGUAGAUACCUCGACUGGAACCGAGCGACGUUUGACUUCCACGCCGUGGGUGGAGUCGCGUCUUUUGAUACUGCUUCGGGCGAAAACGUCACAUCGGCCAUUACCACAUACCGUGAGCAGCUCAACCUGGGCCAAGUAUAUGGCUGCGCUCCUCAGAGCUACUGCAUGUCGUGCGCCGAGUUUAACAGCACUGACAACAUCUACCCCCUCCUUUCUGACGCGUUGGCCACCUCUGUCGUCAACGAAACUCGGCAGGACAUUCCAAGAUACAUCAUUGCCAACACUGGCAGUAUUCGUUUUGACUUGUACAAGGGUCCUUUUACCUACGACGACUUCUUCAUCGUGUCGCCCUUUACGGACAUUUUCAUGUACGUGCCAGAAGUGCCGUGCAGCCUCGCUAGUACAGUACUCGACGGCCUCAACAAUGCCGGCGCAAACGAGAAGCGCAACUUUGGCUACAUGCCCGUUGAGCGCGACAUUUGCGUGAACCCCACGACGUCCCCCUUGGUCUCCAGAGACAUGGAAGCUCACGUGCACGUCAACUCUGCCAUUACGCGCCGCCAGGUCGUUGAUCUGGUUGCCGGGUACACCACGACGGAUGAUUUCGGAACCGAUGGUGAUGAUACCGCGCACAGCUCGAUUCCUUACUACGAAGUCCCUGUUUUCUUCCAAGGAGAGGGCGGUUUCGGAGACGAGGGUUGCACCGACACUGCUGACCUGAUUUUCCUAGACUUCAUCCAAAGCGACGUCUUGGCAAUUCUUGGCUCGGACUAUAGCGACAGCGAUGUUGCCUAUUAUAUCAACUCGACCUUCUCUACGCGGGACUACCUGCCAUUGUUUGUGGAGCAGUCCGAUAUUUUCCAGUCGGGUAUUGAUAACUGUACUACUAGCUCAUAG